AAUGUGGAAACUGGUAAGGAAAUCUUCUCUAGGCUCUUGUUAUUGUUAUUGUUGUUGUUUGUUUUGCUUUGUUUUGUCUUGUGUUUACAGUCCAGGAAAGAAAGGUUGUACAAGAAAAGAUCGUGUGAUUAGAGUCAAACAGAUCUAGAUUGAUACCUAGCUCUGAUAUUUAUAGGAUACAAAAUGUUGUCAAGUGAUUCAAAUUCUCUGAGCCUCAAUUUCAUCAUCUGUAAAAUGAAAACAAUAAUACUUUGGGACUGAUGUGAGGGUGCAUGAGAUAAAGCAUACACCAGAAAUAUGCCAUAUGUCAUUCAUUACAAGAUACUCAGUAUUUCACGUUUUAAUCUCUUUGCAACAUGAAUGAAUCUUGUAAUCAAUGGCACAUUAUUGUUUAACCGAGAACAGUUUUUCCUUCCUCAGUGGCACAUAAAAUAAUGAGAGUCCAGAGUAACACUUCAAAUAAUGACAGGGGCAGAUAUCACUUUAUGAUCAAACCAAAUGUGACUCACAAUGCACAAGUGGAAAACCCCAAGCCUUCAGAAAAUACAAAUGUUCUUUAUACAUUCCAUUUGUUUCUCCAUUCAUGGAACUAACUCUCCAUCCAACACCCCUUAUUAUUCAGAUGAGGGGAAUGGAAAAAGUGUGAGUUUCAGAACCCAACAAAUAAAUUAUGGACCUUGGUGCUAUGUGCCAUUUUGAGCUUCCAUGGAGUGCUCUGUAAUUGUGUAUAAUAACAUUUCAAAGAUCAAAUGAGAAGAUCAAAUGAGAAGAUACAUGUAAAGACCUAUCAGUGCCAAACAUAUUGUGGGUAUUCAAUAAAUAACUCCCAUUUUCUUUUCUUGUUCACAUUCCUUCCUUCCACAUUCUACUCUUCUAUUGAUUAUUUGAAUUGAAAGAAGGGCUGAUCUUCUAGAUCAGGGAUUGGCAAACUAUGGCCCGCAGAUCAAAUCAGCCCCCUACCUGAUUUUGUAAAUAAAGUUUUAUAGAAACAUAGUCACACUCAUUUGUUUAUAUAUUGUCUUUGGUUGAUUUGUGCUACAAUGGCUGCGUUGAAUAGUUGCCACAGAGACAGCUUGGCCUUCAAAGUUGAAAAUACUUGCUAUCUGGCCAUUUAUGAAAAGUUUCCUGAUCCCUGUUCUAGAUAUCCACAGCACCUAAAACUUCUCCCUCUGGUGUGUUACUAUUCUGCUUUUAGAGAACUGCUUUGGAUGAAAAAGUUGCAUGCCUCAUCCUAGGACUCUUAGCAUCUGACAACUGCUUCAAUGCCAGCAAAGAACAGUCAUGGGAAUGGCUGAUGAGGAAGAUAGCCAGGCCAGAGUAAAAGACAAAAACGUGACAGGGUGGUUCACAUGGCUUCCAGCCCUCCCCUUUCUUCCACUACUAGAGUUAUAAAAGCAAGGGCCAGAGAGGGGUGAGAGAAGCAGCUUACUAUGGGCAGCAUGGGCAGCAUGGGCAGCAUGGACAGCGUUGCUAGGAAAAGGCAGGCCCUACUCCUUUUGUUGGUCUUUCUUUUGCCUCCUGAAGCUGAAGCUGAGGAGAUUAUCAGUGGCACUGAGUGUAAACCACACUCCCGUCCCUAUAUGGCUUAUUUGGAAAUCAUCACCAGCAGGGGUUAUGUUGCCAACUGUGGUGGGUUUCUCAUAAGUCAAGAAUUUGUGAUGACAGCUGCUCACUGUAAAGGAAGGAAUAUUACUGUCACUCUGGGAGCUCAUGACAUGAAACAGAAAGAAUCCACAUGGCAGAAGAUAGAAGUUGUAAAACAAUUUGCUCACCCAAAUUACAACGUUUUUACCAAGCUCAAUGAUAUCAUGUUACUGAAGCUACAAACAAAGGCCAGGCUGACCCAUGCUGUGGGGACAAUUCCCCUGCCCACCGCAUCUACUUUUAUUCAAUCUGGGAGAAUAUGCCGGGCAGCCGGCUGGGGAAAAACAGGAGUGACACAGCCACUGUCGAAUACUCUGAGGGAGGUGAAGCUGAGACUCAUGGAUGAGAAGGCCUGCAACUACUUUCCAUGUUACAGUCAUAACCUCGAAAUCUGUGUGGGCAAUCCCAGGAAGACAAGAGCAGCAUACAAGGGUGACUCUGGGGGGCCCCUUCUGUGUGCUGGGGUGGCCCAAGGUGUUGUGUCUUAUGGACGUGGCGAUGCCAAGCCUCCUGCUGUCUUCACUCGCAUCUCCCCAUAUGUGCCCUGGAUCAAUAAAGUUUUAAGGAAAAGUAGCCACAGAAGCCUGGCCAGCCUGAAGGAAAAGCCCAAAGCCAGAGCAUUCCCUGAAUAGCCCCUGAGCUUCCUCGGAGCCUGGCCCCAGCCCAAACCCAGAGAGGCUCUCAGAGGCAAACACAAACCUCAAUAAAGAUGCAGACUCCAGCA